AUGAACCGCAGAAAGGUCGAAAACGUCUAUGUCGUCAUUGACACCGAUAUCGAUGACGUGAUCGGCAUGAGAGGCAGAAAUUCAAACUUUGAUUUUGAAAACUGUCCCGUCACAUCUUCAAUUGCAACUACCAUGGCCCCGCUCACUCAUCCCUCUAUCCAAGGCAUAAUUCCUUCAGUCUCCCCAAUAAAGGUAUUCAUUGUUUUUUUACCAGAUGGCUGGUUCGGUAGCGGUGGUGGUGUCGUUCGAGAAGUGUUAAAGCACGACUCGGUUACGGAGGUCGUUCUCUGCGAUAUCGAUGAGGCUAUGAUCCGAGUAUCCAAGCCGUACCUUCCCCGUAUGUCCUGUCUUCUUUCGUCUCCCAAGGUGACUGUUUUCAUCGGGGAUGGUUUCAAGUUCCUGGCUGAGCAUAAAGGUCGCUAUGAUGCCAUUAUCACCGACUCUUCGGAUCCUCCCUACUUCCAGCUUUUCCACGACGCCCUUGCUCCUGGUGGCAGGAUCUGUACCCAAGGAGAAUGUCUUUGGUUGCACUUUCCACUCAUCUCCCAGCUUAUAUCAAUGACACUCGAGAUUUUUCCUGUCUCCCAGUACGGCUACACGACCAUCCCCACCUACCCUUCUGGUCAGAGAGGCUUCAUAGUCUGUUCCAAGGAACCUGAUCGUGACUUGAGCAAGCCCCUGCGCAUCCACGUACUCCCUCAAAUGCAAUACUGGGAUAUUUGUGAAGAGCAGACUGAAGGCAUGGACAGACGAAUUGUUCCCUACUUCAUUAACCGGUUUGUUGGCGAGGAUGAUCGCUGGAAACUUGCGAAAGCCUGUCAUGAUGUAUACGAGUCGCCCGGGGAGACUGACUUGGUCGUGUCGAUGAUGCUACCGGUCGUAUGA